AAUGAAAAAUAAUAAAAAUUAUUUUUUAUUUUCAAUUAAUCAUAUAAGAUCGAAAAUAUAUAUACGAUAAAUCAUAAAACUAAAGAAUAUAUCAACCUCAUUUUGUUGCAAAACAUCAUAUUCUAAAAAUUAACUUAUCAGCAUUAUAAUAUAAGAAACAAAGUUAAUAAUUUAACUUAUUUUAAUAUGGCAGAAAGACCAACAGCAAGUAUUAUUACAGUAGGAGAUGAAAUCUUAAAAGGUCAAACUACAGAUACAAAUUCUAUUUUUCUAUGUAAGCAGUUAUAUGAUCUGGGAGUUAAAGUACAACGUGUUGUAGUUAUUCCUGAUGAAGUAAAUGUUAUAGCAGAAGAAGUACUAUCAUGCUCUAAAACAUUUACAUUUGUUUUAACUAGUGGAGGGAUUGGUCCUACACAUGAUGAUUUAACCUAUGAAGGUGUUGCAAAAGCAUUUAAAGAACCUUUAGUAGAAAAUAAAAUACUUCUAGAAAUAUUGCAAAAAUGGUGUGAAAAGUUACAGCUUGAUGGCAAUUCUAUUCGUAAAAUGUCCCUUCUUCCAAAAUCAGCUGUGUUACAUUAUCCUAAAAUACAGACAAAUAGUAAAAAGUUUUUCUUUCCAAUUGUAUCUGUAUAUAAUGUUUACAUAUUUCCAGGGAUUCCAACUUAUUUAGAAUAUUCUUUUAAUUUACUUAAAGAUAUAUUUACUCCAGUUACUCCUAAAAAAUUUCACAGUAAAAUACUAUGUCUUAGAAUAAGUGAAUUUGAAUUUAUUGAUAACUUAAAUCAAGCAGUUAAAAAAUUUCAGAAUGAAGUACAGUUUGGAUCUUAUCCUAUUGUUGAUAAUACUAAUUAUAAAGUUAAAAUUACUUUAGAAUCUGAAAAUGAAUCAUCAUUAAUUAAAGCAGAAGCUUAUUUGAGAUCAUUACUCCCACCUAAUUCAGUUGUGAAUUGCAAAGAUCCUAGUUUAUCUGAAAGCAUUCAAGAAGUAUAUAAUUUGUUAGAAAGUCAUUGUCAACUUCCUUCUAUAUGUAGUUCAAAUUUAUCUGAAAGAGUUGCUCAAAGUAUUACUGUAUUAGAAGAAUGUCUUCAACAAUAUCCUGAAGAAUGCAUUGGAAUAAGUUUUAAUGGUGGUAAAGACUGCACUGUAUUACUACAUUUGGCUUACUGUGUUUUAAGUAAAAAUAGCAAGAAAAAACCAUCACUGAAAGCAUUUUAUUUUCGUUCAUCAGAUCCUUUCCCAGAAAUUGAAGAAUUUAUUCGAUUAAGUGUGGAAAGGUAUGCCUAAAACAUCUUUUAAUUGAUCUUUUGAUCUUAGUCUUUAAUAAUAAUAGAAAAUUUUAUGUUUAUAAGAUAAGCAUAUGUAUAUGGAUGUACGAGUAUAAUU